AUGGAUUCAUUGGGGCCGGAACAUCCAAGAAAUCUUAUACCUGAAUUAUGUUCCCAAUUUUACCAUAUGGGAUGGGUCACAGGCACUGGUGGUGGCAUUUCAAUUAAAGAAGGGGAUAAAAUAUACAUUGCUCCGUCAGGAGUACAAAAGGAAAGAAUGAAACCAGAUGACUUAUUUGUUCAAACAAUUAAUGAUGAAGAUCUGGAAUUACCACCACCUGACAAAAAGUUAAAGAAAAGUCAAUGUACUCCCCUAUUCAUGCUCGCGUAUCGUGAGCGAGGCGCUGGUGCAGUCAUACAUACACAUUCACCACAUGCUGUACGCUGUACCCUGCUGUAUGACAAGGAGUUUGCUAUCACCCACCAAGAGAUGAUAAAGGGUAUAAAAGAUGCCAAAUUGGGUAGAUAUCUGCGUUAUGAUGAGAAACUAGUAGUUCCUAUAAUUGAGAACACUCCAUUUGAGAAAGAUCUAGCCGGUAGUUUGGGAGAAGCUAUAGCAAAGUAUCCUGGUACAAGUGCAGUACUGGUGCGAAGACAUGGAGUCUAUGUAUGGGGUGAUAGUUGGCAACAAGCUAAAACUAUGACGGAAUGCUACGACUACCUUUUCGAAAUGGCAGUGGAAAUGAAGAAACUAGGACUCAACCCAGCCUAUAAUCCCGAAACUGAGAAAGUUGAGAAUAGUGUAUAA